AUGAGCUGUCUGGAUGUUAUGUACCAGGUCUACGGUCCUCCGCAACCUUAUUUCGCAGCCGCCUACACUCCCUACCACCAGAAACUAGCCUACUACUCAAAAAUGCAGGAAGCCCAAGAGUGCAACGCCAGCCCCAGCAGCAGCGCCAGUGGGAGCUCCUCGUUUUCCAACCAAACCCCAGCCAGUGUAAAAGAAGAGGAUGGCAGCCCUGAGAAAGAGCGCCCACCCGAAGCUGAGUACAUCAAUUCCAGAUGUGUACUCUUCACCUACUUCCAGGGUGACAUCAGCUCUGUGGUGGAUGAACAUUUCAGUAGGGCCCUGAGCCAGCCUAGCAGCUAUACCCCCAGCUGUACCAACAGCAAAGCCCACAGGAGCUCCGGGCCCUGGAGAGAAGGCACCUUCCCGAUGAGCCAGCGCAGCUUCCCCGCCUCCUUCUGGAACAGCGCGAGGGAAUGCAGUCUCCCCGCAGCCCCUCCAGCACUGUACCCGACUCUGGGCUGA